AAUUGGAGGGUUAUACGGUAUAUUAAUGUCUUAUUGAUAAUGGCAGAACAUCCACCACUACUGGAUACAACUCAGAUUUUAAGUAGUGAUAUUUCUCUUCUAACUGCUCCUAUUGUAAGUGCCGAUGGAACACAACAGGUCAUUCUGGUACAAGUUAACCCAGGGGAAGCAUUUACAAUAAGAAGAGAAGAUGGACAAUUUCAGUGCAUUACAGGUCCUGCUCAGGUUCCAAUGAUGUCCCCAAAUGGUUCUGUGCCUCCUAUUUAUGUGCCUCCUGGUUAUGCCCCACAGGUUAUUGAAGAUAAUGGUGUUCGGAGAGUCGUUGUGGUUCCACAGGCACCAGAGUUUCAUCCUGGUGGCCACACCGUCAUUCAUAGGUCUCCACAUCCUCCUCUGCCUGGUUUUAUUUCUGUCCCAACCAUGAUGCCCCCUCCACCACGCCACAUGUAUUCACCGGUAACUGGAGCUGGAGACAUGGCUACACAAUAUCUGCCACAGUACCAGUCUUCACAAGUAUAUGGAGAUGUAGAUGCUCACUCAACACAUGGAAGAUCUAACUUUAGAGAUGAAAGAUCUAGUAAGACAUAUGAACGUUUGCAGAAAAAAUUAAAGGAUCGCCAAGGAACCCAGAAAGACAAAAUGAACAGUCCACCGUCGUCGCCCCAGAAGAGCCCUUCUCCCAUCAGUGAACAUAAUGGACUGACGAAAGGACAAAGUGGCAUAGGCACGGGGUCAGCAAAAAGCAAGUCUGGGAAAGGACGAGGCGGCGCACAAAUUGAUGCAGAAACUGAAGAAAAAGACGAAGAAACUAAAGCUUUUGAAGCACUUCUGUCCAACAUUGCCAAACCAGUGGCCUCAGAUAUUCAGGCAAGGACAGUAGUCCUGACGUGGUCGCCUCCUUCCAGCCUCAUGAAUGGGGAAGCAGAAGAAACGAAUGCACCAGAGUUCUAUGGCUAUGAAAUUCUGAUAUCAAGUACUGGAAAAGAUGGGAAAUAUAAAAGUGUUUAUAUAGGAGAAGAAACAAGUGUCACUUUAAAUGAUCUCAAGCCUGCUACAGAUUAUCAUGCAAAGGUCCAGGCAGAAAACAAUUCUAUAAAGGGAACUCCUUCAGAAGCUGAAAGCUUUACUACCUUGAGCUGUGAGCCUGAUAUACCUAACCCACCAAGGAUAGCCAAUCGGACCAAAAAUUCACUCACUUUGCAGUGGAAGGCUCCUAGUGACAAUGGUUCUAAAAUUCAAAGCUUUAUUUUAGAAUGGGAUGAAGGAAAAGGAAAUGGAGAAUUUUGUCACUGUUAUGUGGGCUCUCAGAAGCAAUUUAAAAUUACUAAACUGUCACCAGCAAUGGGCUGUAAGUUUAGAUUAUCUGCCAAAAAUGAAUACGGUACAAGUGGAUUUAGUGAAGAAAUCUUAUAUUAUACCUCAGGCUGUGCCCCUUCAAUGCCUGCAAGUCCUGUCUUAACUAAGGCCGGGGUUACUUGGUUAUCCUUACAGUGGAGUAAACCCUCAGGAACACCAUCAGAUGAAGGAAUUUCUUACAUUUUAGAGAUGGAGGAAGAAACUUCAGGAUAUGGUUUUAAGCCUAAGUAUGAUGGCGAAGAUCUUGCUUACACAGUGAAAAAUCUCAGACGUAGUACAAAAUAUAAAUUUAAGGUUAUUGCUUACAACUCUGAAGGUAAAAGUAAUCCAAGUGAAGUAGUAGAGUUUACUACAUGCCCUGAUAAACCAGGGGUACCUUUAAAACCUUCAGUUAAAGGAAAGAUACAUUCACACAGUUUUAAAAUAACUUGGGACCCACCAAAAGACAAUGGAGGGGCAGCCAUCAAUAAAUACGUGGUAGAGAUGGCAGAAGGUCCUAACGGAAAUAAAUGGGAUAUGAUAUACAGUGGAGCUACUAGGGAGCAUCUUUGUGAUAGACUGAAUCCAGGCUGUUUCUAUCGUUUUCGAGUUUACUGCAUCAGUGAUGGAGGACAGAGUGCGGUGUCUGAGUCUCUGCUGGUGCAGACGCCCGCCGUGCCCCCUGGCCCGUGCCUGCCUCCCAGAGUGCAGGGGAGACCCAAAGCAAGAGAAAUACAGCUGCGAUGGGGACCUCCUCAGGUUGACGGUGGAUCGCCCAUUUCCUGCUAUAGUGUUGAAAUGUGUCCUGUAGAAAAAGAUGAACCCAGAGAAGUUUACCAAGGUUCAGAAGUAGAAUGUACAGUGAGCAACCUCCUUCCUGGCAAGACAUACAGCUUCAGACUGCGUGCAGCCAACAAAAUGGGGUUCGGACCAUUUUCAGAAAAAUGUGAUAUUACCACAGCCCCAGGGCCACCAGAUCAGUGCAAACCCCCACAGGUGGCGUGCAGAUCCGCGACUUGUGCACAAGUGAAUUGGGAGGUUCCUUUGAGCAAUGGGACUGAUGUUACUGAGUAUCGAUUGGAGUGGGGAGGAGUUGAAGGAAGCAUGCAGAUAUGUUACUGUGGGCCUGGUCUCAGUUACGAAUUAAAAGGACUUUCACCAGCAACUACCUAUUAUUGCAGAGUCCAGGCUUUAAGUGUGGUGGGUGCAGGUCCUUUUAGUGAAGUAGUAGCCUGUUGUACCCCACCCUCAGUUCCUGCUAUUGUAACUUGUCUUCAAGAAAUAAGUGAUGAGGAACUAGAGAACUCCUUUUACUCACCAUCUACAUGCCUUGCAAUAAGCUGGGAAAAGCCUUGUGACCAUGGUUCAGAGAUCACUGCCUACAGCAUAGACUUCGGAGAUAAGCAGCCCUUGGUAGUGGGAAAGGUUACAAGCUACAUUAUUGAGAAUUUGCAACCAGAUACAACUUACAGAAUACGAAUUCAAGCCUUGAAUAGCCUUGGAGCUGGUCCUUUUAGCCACACAAUAAAAUUAAAAACUAAGCCACUCCCUCCUGAUCCACCUCGAUUAGAAUGUGUUGCCUUUAACCACCAGAACCUUAAGUUGAAAUGGGGAGAAGGAACCCCAAAGACAUUGUCAACAGAUUCUAUUCAGUACCACCUUCAGAUGGAGGAUAAGAAUGGGAGGUUUGUGUCUUUGUACAGAGGACCCUGUCAUACAUACAAAGUACAAAGACUUAAUGAGUCAACAUCCUAUAAAUUUUGUAUACAAGCUUGUAAUGAAGCAGGGGAAGGUCCUCUCUCCCAAGAAUAUAUUUUCACUACUCCAAAAUCUGUUCCAGCUGCCUUGAAAGCCCCCAAAAUAGAGAAAGUAAGUGAUCAUAUUUGUGAAAUUACAUGGGAGUGUUUGCAGCCAAUGAAAGGUGAUCCAGUUAUUUAUAGUCUGCAAGUUCUGGUGGGAAAAGAUUCAGAAUUCAAACAGAUUUACAAAGGCCCCGACUCUUCUUUCCGGUAUUCAAGCUUUCAGCUGAACUGUGAAUAUCGUUUCCGUGUGUGUGCCAUUCGCCAGUGCCAAGAUCCUGUGGGGCAUCAGGACCUCGUGGGCCCUUACAGCACCACAGUGCUUUUCAUCUCUCAGAGGACAGAGCCCCCCGCCAGCACCCACAGAGACACUGUGGAGAGCCCGAGGACCCGGCGGGCGCUCAGCGAUGAGCAGUGUGCAGCCGUCAUCCUUGUGCUGUUCGCUUUCUUCUCCAUCUUGAUCGCCUUUAUCAUUCAGUACUUUGUAAUCAAGUGAAAAUACAACUUUUAUUUUUAAUGCCGUACAUUUUAUUUUGUUGCGUACUAAAAUUAUUUCUGUAUUGCUUUUACAAAAACAGUGGCAUUUAGCACUGGCAUUGAGACUAGAGCAUAUCAGUUUUGCCAUUUUCAGUGCUAUGUUGUUAGGUAGAGGCUGGCACCUUAUUCAAAUGCAAGCCGCAGAAAUAGCAAUUUUCUUUUUUUCUCUUUUUUUUUGUUAUUUGGUUAGAACUUUUCUUUCCUUUUUUUAUUUUUAUUUUUGGACAUGCCUUCUUGUAAAACUUCCUAAGAGGCAAACGAUAUACAAUUCAUAAUUUUGACCAGUCAGCAUGAGUGUAACGGUGAUAACCUGAUCUGAGUGCUUUACGAAGAUUCCACCAAGUGAAAAAAUUCAGAAUGACUAAAACUUACACUAACAUGCUAUAGAAAAAUGUUAAAGUCUGAUGCUGUGAAAGCAAUCUAGUGCUAUAUUUCUACCUCCUCAUUUGUCUUAAUUAUUUGGUAAGUGGGAUUAUGAUGACUAACUGGAGGGGCUUGGUAAGUGGGAUUAUGUGAGUAACUGAAGGGGCUUAGCAGACAGACUGAAUGAAAGACUAUACAUGGAAAAAGAAGCUUCUUGUUUGAUAAAUGUGGAGUUCUUCAUCACACGUAUAUAUACAUGAAUUCACAGAUGAGUCACUUUCAGAGAAAGCACAAGUUUACUUGGCCUAAAAAAUAAUUUAAUGUUUACUCCAAAAGUAUCUCUUCCCAUUCUGAGAACAUGGAAAGAACCAGAGUACUUUUAGAUAGGUUACCUUUUAAAGAGUAAUCAUAAUUAACUGAAUUUCAAACUUACUUGAUUGGAUCGUAGGAGCCUUGGAACCAUAUGUAUGUGCACAAGUACAUGGCAUACACAUAUGGCAUAUAUAUAAACUAUACAUACCAAGUGUAGAAAUAUAUAUAUAUAUACACACAUACAUGCUCUCACUUCACCUACCUGAUGUACCUAAUUUUUUAAGAACUCCCAUAAGUUUGCUGCUUCUUCCAUAUAACUACUGCCAUCACCGUCAGAAUUCAUAAUCAAACCUAACUUUUCUGUUUGGGGCACCAAAUCUGAAGACAAAAUUAAUUUGCACCAGUAAACUUCAAGCUGCUUUCUUUCUUGAAAAAUUGUUUAAUGUAAUGUCUGUUUGGAUACUGUUCCAAAUUGUUGAUUGCAUGUGGUUAAUGUUGCAUUAGAGCACUUUGCAAUUGCAUAAUUCGUUAAUGUAUUGUGAGCUUGCAUUUGUGAGUUAUUGGAUGACCAGAUUGAAUUUUGUCAAGUGUCAUAUUGUACAUCUCGCAUAGAUGUCAAUGACUGCCAGUAAUAAUAGUUUGUAAUGAAACUAUCUAAAAGUCUUGUUUUAUCACAUCUGUUAUCUGUAAAAACACUUGUAACUAGCCUUUUUAAUUUAUUAUUUGAGUUUUAGGAUAGUGAAUCACUAAUUUUUAGUUGCUGAAGCUUAGCAUUUUAGUGAUUACUGAGCACUUCUGUCAGUCUUUGGAAAAAACAUGUUUUGUGCUUCGAAGAACUCUGAAGAAUCUUAUAUUAGAAUGGGCAUGUAUUGUAACUGUUUUAUGUCAAAUGAUUUGUGCUGUAGAAAAAAAACAUUAACCUUCCUUCAAAAAAGAAACGGAUAAACUUGGCCUUUCCAAGUGGUAAGAAUGAUCUGUCACUAUAAAAUACUGUAUGUUUACAUUUUAUUUAAUUUUAAUCUCUUACGUAUAGGCUGAUAACUUUACCCCAAAACAGUGAUUGCGAUUGUUUUCUAGAAACUUCUUUAAAGUGCCACAUUUGGCAGUACAAAUGAGUUUGAGUGUUAACAGCCCAGAGAUUUAUAUAUAGUUGAAUGUCUAAAAUGGUAAGAUGUACCACUGUGCCAGUAACAGUGGCUUAUGUUUUUCAUAGUAACUCAAAUGAACUCCUAUUUUUGAUAGUAAAUGUCAUUUAAUAGUGUACUCGCCAUUUGAGCCUCCCUGCGAAAUUAGUGCAGAGGAGAAAACUUUUAAUGUAAUCUUGAUUUUACCUCAUAAACUGUACAUUCCAAAAACUCUAAACUUUUUAAAGAUUAUAGAUACACUACCAAACAUCACCUUUAAAUUGUAUAAGGUUGAAGUUCAUACAGAUGAAAAAAUAUAAUCUCAUAAAAGUACAUAAAGUAUGUAGCAAAAGUAUCUUCAAAAUCCAUGGAAAAUAAAAGUUGUAUCAUUCUUUUUUGA